CGUUUCUCUGUCUCCCCGAUGUGGAAAUAAAGCCCACGGACGCCCAACGCCAUCACCAUCAGCCCCCCCAAGGCCGCCCGCAGCGCGGAGCCGCCCGCCAUGGCCCCCGCCGCCCGCCCACUGCGCAUGCGCCUCAGCUCGCCCCCUUCCCCACUGCGCGUGCGCCGCUCCGCUCUCGCGCGCGGUGCGCAUGCGCCUGCCGCACUCCGCGCUCACCGCGCAUGCGCGCCUCGCCGCCUCCACUCACCGCUCCCCACGACGCGCCCGCUGCUAUCGCGCAUGCGCGGCCGCCGCCAACGAACGCCGCCAGGUGGCGCGGCGAGCAGAGCGCCGCGUUCUCAACGCCGAGUUGGCGAGUUCGAUCCUCGCUCCUUCCCUUUCGCCCCAGCCCCGCGCCGUCCCCGCGAUGGCGGCACCCAGGGGCGGGACGUGCGGGCGGUGUGGCAACACUCCGCGUCCUUCCUUCCUCCGUCCUUCCCAAAGCUCCGGGGCGGGUGGCUUCCAGUGGGGCAUCUCAUGGGUGAGGCUGCGGGAUCGGUGCCGUGCCGCGCGCCCGCGCCGCAAACCAAGGUCUUCAAAUACAGGAUAUGGGACACGAACCAGCAGUCGCUGUACCUGCGCGAUGACCAGCUGGUGGCCGGGCACCUGCAGGGCGCCAACGCUGCGCUGGAGGAGAAAGUGUUCUGGGUGCCCAACCGCUUCUUCAAGCACGAGCUGCAGCCCGUCAUCAUGGGCAUCCGCAACGGAACGCGCUGCCUCGCCUGUCCUGCGGCUGCGCGGCCGACGCUGCGCCUCCAGGUGGGCAGCGACACGGUGGGGACAGGAUGGGGACAGCGAGGGGGGGGCACAGGACCGGACUGUGGGGGUGAGGGACGAUGGGGCCGCGAUGCACGGGAUGUGGGAUGGUGGGGACAAAGGCGCAUCCUGGGGACUGCCUAUGGGACACGGCGGGGACAAAGCACGGAGGCCACGCUGUGGGGCACGGCCCACAGGCAGGUGGGGACGUGA